AUGAUGGACGCCAAGGUGCCAGCGUCCAGGGCCGGAGCGCUCAGCUGUGGCGUGAGGGGGGAGGCGUGGGCCACAGUGGCGCUGCCUGCGCCGGGAUGCGGCGGCGGGAAGCUCGAGGCGGAGGUCGUGGUCGAGGUGAGCGGCGAGGACAGGCUGGUGGAGAAGGUGAGGAUCGGGGUGUUGUUGGAUUGUAGGUACGUGAGCGUCGACGCGGGGCUCAGAUACUUGCAGCAUUUCCUCUUGUAA